AUGGGUGUCAAGCGAGAAUUGGAGCCGGAACGCAUUCACAUUCUCGUUGAUUGUUGUGCACGGGAACGUACUUAUGAAAGGUUUUAUGGACUUCUCUGCGAGCCUUUUUGUCGGCUGAAACGUGAAUUUCAAAUGGCUAACGCGGAAGAAUACAUUGAUGGAACAAACGCUGGAGCUUUGGGAGAAAUUUUAAUAAGGUGCAACAACAUCCUGUACAUCGGAGGCGCCGAAGACUCGGGGGGU